AUGGCGAAUAUAGAAGGACUGAGUGAUUACGUGAAGAAAGUAUUUGAGGCUUGCUUUUCAGGGACUUUGUCCGAGCUUAAGGAAAGUGUAAAUAGACUCUUACUGGCUGAUUCACCCGACCUGAAGGACGAAAUAGAGAAAAGUAACAGCAAAAAACGUGACGAAGUGAUUCUGACAAGCUUUGAGCUAUCCGCACUUGAAUACAUUAGAGAUUCCAAGCAACGUUGUGUGUCACAUAUCGCAGCAGCAGGUGGUAACUUGGAGAUCCUAAACACACUUUUAACUGCUUCCCCGAACCUGGCCCACAUAGAAGAUGAGAACAACGAGAACUCGUUGUUUUAUCUUAUUCGCUCGAUUAUUACGAAUUCAUUUGAAAGUGACAUGGUGAGCGCCGAUAAAUUGGAUAAAUCCUCUUCACUGGAAGAGAACAGAAUAGACUGUUUAAUCCUGUUGAUUGGAUUAUGCGGCAUAAAUAAUAUGAAUAAAUUCGGCCUAAGCCCACUGCACGUUGCCACAGAGCUAGGAAGUUAUCAGAUUUGUAAAAUAUUAUUGGAAAAUAACGCUAAUGUGAAUGUAUGUAGUAAAUCUUUUAACACACCCUUAUCAAUAGCUGUGAUUAAGUCCCAUACGAUCCUCGUUGACCUAUUUCUGGAACACGGUGCGGAUCCAAAUAUCAUUAGUGUGGAAGACAAAGGUGAUGAUAACUCUGAUUCAGAUAAAUCAAUACCACCUCCACUGGUCUAUUGUAGCAGCGUUGGGAACACUGGUCUCGUUAAAAAGCUGUUAGAAAAUGGAGCGGAUCCGAAUAUAUGCGACUCUCAGGGCUGGACUCCACUACACUGUGCCUCUGAAUCAGGUUACUUGAGUGUUUGUAAACUCCUAAUAGAAUACAAUGCUGACGCCAAUAUCGUUUGCAAGAAAAAGAAUGCUUAUAUCUUGGCGGUGAUGAACGGGCACGAUAAGGUGGCCGAGUAUUUGAAGGAAUUCACAAAUGAAUCAGACACUUUUGAAUUCCUACACAAGAGCGAAACUGAAAACGAACUGAAUAAUAAUGAAGUUGACUGUCCAACGGACGAACUCGAUUUCCUACGUUUACAUGAUUCUGAGGAGUUAACUGAUGAGGAAAUGGAAAAAAUUAAAAGGUUGGUAAAAGAAACCAGGGACUGCGGGAAAGAGCUCGUGGGAAUUGAAGACUACACUAACGCAACUAAUUGCUAUACAAAAGGGUUAUCUCUUUGUCCAGACCUUCCUGAGUUUAAUGAGUUGAAAUCCAUUUUGUACUCUAACCGAAGCUUCACGAACCUGAAACUGAAGAACUUAAAUCAAUCACUAAGGGAUGCAAAACAGGCCGUAAAAUUUAAUCCUGAAUGGAGUAAGGCGUAUUUGCGUCUAGCUAAUGUGUACAAGGAGAAGGGAGAAACUGUAGAUUACCUGCACAAUUUAUUUCAGGCCUUUGUUCGUGAUUCCAAAAACUCAGAACUCAAACGCCGCUUCCAGUCGGAGUUUAAUAAGCAUCGAAAGAGCUAA